GCACGCGCAGGCACAUGAACCACCACCACCUCGGCGACUUCCUCUGAUCCUCCUGCUCGUGCACAGCUCCACCCCAGGCGGGCCACCUCGCCGGCGGCGGCCGCUGGCCAGGCUGCCCGCCUGCUCCCUCCGCGCUGUAAUAGGGAGUGGACUACGCGUCGGUGAUUAGUAGGCCACCAAUAAUAUCAUCUCUCCUGGGCUUAUUUGUCAUCAGCUUCCUGAGAUCUAAGUUCUGGUCAAAUGCUGUGAAGAAGAAAUCCUAUUGUGCUGAAUAAAUUCAGCUUUUAACCACUAUGGGUGCCUGCGUAUCUUCAAGCAAAAAGCGGAGAUCGCAAAGAUUGUGUUGUAUAUACAGGCGUUACCGUGGCAAGGUUUUAAGCACUACGCCUAUCGUACGUGCCAGUGAUGUGGAGAACUUUGCUUCUUCUGGAGAAGUGGUCCACAUAGGGACUUCUGCAGCCACUCGGCGGAGAUCUGAUGGCUCGAACGUCACAUUCCACCUAACACAAUUGCAAUGGCAUCAUAGUGAGCUGGACACGGAGAACGGAAAUGUUGUGUGUCAAGAAGAAGCAUGGUUCGACUCUGUUAGUAUUUUGGGGUCUGACUCUGAUGAAGACUUCAGCAGUGUCAAUGGAGACCUCCCUGCUAUGCCAAAUGAAACAGGUACACAAUUGAUGCAGUGCGAAGAUGCUUCAUCCAUUGCUGAUGCCAUACAAAAGUUUGAAAGGAUUUUUGAUGGUUCAAGUGUUGCUCAAGCUGUUGGACAGUACCUGAAAAGAGAUGCAAACAAAAUAGAAGCAGAAAGGCCUAAGGUUGCAAGCCCGGAAGCAUGUGAUGUCACUAGUGGAAAGGCUGAUGAAGGAAAGACACGAAAUGAGGGUAUAAAAAUUCUUACAAAACUUAGAAGAGGAGAGGAUGCAUGUAAUACCUUGAAGCCUUUCAAAGAUGGAGAGAAGCCUCAUGAAAGCAUCUUCAAAAAUUUGACACCAGUGUGCACGCCUCGUCAUGCUAACAAGGUCCAACCAUUGGCGGUAGCAAGUCCGCGGGGCCAAAAGAAGAAAUCAGCAGUUGUUAGGCUUUCUUUCAAGAGGCAAUCUUUCGAUGGAGAACAAACUACUGAAAUAUGUUCCUCUAGGAGGUACUUGAUCCGUCCACGUGCUGGAUUAUUGGUUCCACAAGCCGGUGAGAAAAUUUUGGAAGGUUGUUGGUCUGUGCUUGAGCCUUCGACCUUCAAACUGCGAGGGGAAAGUUUUUUCAAGGACAAAAGGAAGUCUCCUGCUCCAGGUUGUUCUCCGUACACUCCAUUUGGUGUGGACAUAUUCAUGUCCCCGAGGAAAAUACACCACAUUGCCCAGCAUAUUGAGCUUCCACCUGUAAAGCCAAAUGAAAAAAUUCCUUCACUACUUAUCGUAAAUAUUCAGAUGCCUACAUAUCCUGCUGCUAUGUUCCUUGGUGAGAGUGACGGGGAAGGGAUUAAUCUAGUGCUGUAUUUCAAACUGAACGACAACUUUGAGAAAGAAAUUUCUCCUCAGUUUCAUGACAGUAUCAAGAGACUUGUAAACGAUGAGAUAGAAAAGGUCAAGGGUUUCCCAAUGGACUCAACAGUCCCUUUCAGAGAAAGGUUGAAAAUAUUGGCAGGGCUGGUUAACCCAGAUGACAUGAAUCUGAGUUCUGCGGAGAGGAAGCUUGUGCAGGCUUACAACGAAAAGCCAGUCCUCUCAAGGCCUCAACACAGCUUUUAUGUGGGAUCAAAUUACUUGGAAAUUGACCUUGAUGUACACCGGUUUAGCUUCAUCUCAAGGAAAGGGCUCGAAGCAUUCCGAGAACGAUUGAAACAUGGGGUAGUUGAUCUCGGCCUAACCAUACAGGCGCAGAAGCAGGAGGAGCUUCCUGAACAUGUGUUGUGCAGUGUAAGGCUAAACAAAGUUGAUUUUGUCAAUAACGGCCAAAUACCGACACUCCUUCCAUGCGAUGACGACUGACAAUUGAACUGGCACCAAGUUAACUGAACCUGAUGUUUCGGACAAGAACAUUAGCAUGCGCUUGCAAGUUCUUGGAAGGGUCCUGGCAUGGUGGUUAGGCUCUGCGAGAUGAACAGCUCUGUAGAAGACCACGUGUAUAGUCAUGUUCUUUGGCAUUCUGGUGUUGUGAGUCAAAUUCUGAAGUUGAUUUGCGAACCGGGAGAGAAUGCCACCAAGACAUCAAUCUAUUUAUUCAAUUUAUCUGUUCUCGGUCUCAUGAUUUUGAGGCAUUGCUGAAAUCUGGGUUACCCACCUU